CCUGCAGUUACUGCAGAACUUUUGUUUCUUUACCCACUGAAAAUAGUAUUUCGUUCUCCUGCAGAUUUCCAGUCACCUCAAUUUUGGGAAGGAUGGAAAGAUAUUAGCACACUUUGUUUCUGGAAGAAUCUUUUUGUAUUUGUCCAUCUCAUUUUUAUCGGUUGUUUCUUCCUGCAACUCUUAUGGAAGAUACUUAGCAAAUUAUGCAGAAUGAGAUCCAGGACCAAUGUUGAAGAGAUGCAAAAUUGCACUACUGAUCAGAACAAUCUUAAUUGUAUACGCUUGAGUUUCUCAUACCAAGCUGCCAAAGUUUGUUGCUUACUGUUACCGGUCACCAACUUGUUUGGACUUGUUUUCUUGCUGCUAAAAGGAAGUCAAGGCAACUGCAAGUACAUUACGUCAGUUCUAGCCGAGACAACACAAUUGAUAUCCUGGAUAAUUUUGCUUGUUAUCACACUGAAUCUCCCACGAACUCGAUCUGAAAAACUUUCUUGGGUUAUAAGAACAUGGUUGAUAAGCAGCACCCUGCAGUCAGCUACCUUUACUGUUAUCGACAUACAGUCCAUUCUUCAAGAGAAGUCAUUCUUAAGAAUAGAACAAUAUACCGAUAUAAUUAGUCUCUUUCCCUGCAUAUUACUGUUUGUCAUUGCAGUCAGAGGCACAACAGGGAUCAGCAGCGACUCUGGCAGUCUCAGGGAACCACUAUUGCAAGUGCAAACAUCAAAGGCGAAGCAUGUUGAAAGCCAGAGGAGCUCUUUGUAUGGAAGUGCAAAUCUUUUACAACUUAUGACUUUCUCAUGGCUUAAUCCGCUAUUUGCUACUGGGAGAAGGAAGCCUCUGGAGCAGAAUGAAGUACCAGAUGUUGAUAAAAACAGUUCUGCUGAGUUUGUGUCCCACUCGUUUGAUAGCUGCCUGAAUAAUGUCAAAGAAAGAUACGGCUUGAGAACUUCAUCUAUCUACAGAGCAAUCUUUGUAUUCAUUAGGAAAAAGGCAGCGAUCAAUGCAAGCUUUGCAGUUGUAGCAGCAGGGGCCUCUUAUGUUGGACCUUCAUUGAUUGUCAACUUUGUUAAGUUCUUAGGAGGAGAGAGGCAGCAUGGGUUGAGAAGUGGUUAUGUACUUGUACUUACAUUCCUAGGUGCCAAAGUUGUGGAGUCUGUGUGCCAGAGACAAUGGAAUUUUGGAGCCCAACAGCUUGCAAUGCGUGUAAGAGCUGCUCUAAUAUCCCAUAUAUAUAAAAAGGGUCUUGAGUUAUCAAGUGAGUCUCGGCAGAGCCAUACAAGUGGGGAGAUUAUCAACUACAUAAGUGUGGAUAUCCAAAGGAUCACAGACCUCAUGUGGCAUUCAAAUAUCAUAUGGAUGCUUCCAGUUCAGAUUUCACUAGCAAUAUAUGUUCUUCAUAAGAAUCUGGGAGUGGGAUCUUUUGCUGGAUUAGCAGCAACAACAAUGGUAAUGGCAUGCAAUAUUCCUAUAACAAGAGCACAAAAAAGAUUCCAGAGCAGCAUCAUGAAAGCUAAAGAUGAACGAAUGAAAGCAACCGCAGAAGUCCUCCGAAACAUGAAAAUUUUGAAACUACAAGCUUGGGACAUACAAUACCUUCACAAGUUAGAAGCCUUGAGAAACACAGAGUACAACUGGCUGUGGAGGUCUGAAAGAGUACAACUAAUUUCAUCUUUCAUAUUCUGGGGAGCACCUAUGUUCAUAUCAGCGGCAACAUUUGGAACAUGCAUACUAAUAGGAAUUCCUCUGACAACAGGAAGAGUUUUGUCUGCAUUGGCAACAUUCAGAAUGCUGCAAGAGCCAAUCUUUACCAUCCCUGAUUUGCUUUCAGUACUUGCACAAGGAAAAGUUUCAGCUGACAGAAUAGCAAAGUACCUCCAAGAAGAUGAAAUGAAAUCUGAUGUGGUUGAAAUUGUUCCAAGAACAGAAACAGAGAUUGAUGUUGAGAUCGAUCAUGGAAUAUUUUGCUGGAAGAAAGACUCCGUAUACCCCACACUUGAAAAUAUUCAGUUGAAGGUGCAUAGGGGAAUGAAGGUGGCUAUUUGUGGUACUGUUGGUUCAGGAAAGUCUAGUUUACUGUCUUGCAUCCUUGGAGAACUACCAAAGAUGGGAGGAAAGGUGAAAAUUAGUGGCAGCAAAGCAUAUGUUUCUCAAUCCCCAUGGAUAAUAUCAGGAAAUGUUAGAGAAAAUAUUAUCUUUGGAAAUCCUUUUGACAGCGAAAAGUAUGAAAAGACAGUUGAGGUUUGUGCACUGAAAAAGGAUUUUGAGCUCUUCCCUAAUGGGGACCUGACAGAGAUUGGAGAGAGGGGUAUAAAUAUGAGUGGAGGACAGAAGCAGAGGAUCCAAAUAGCUAGAGCAGUCUACCAGGAUGCCGACAUAUACCUUCUUGAUGACCCUUUCAGUGCUUUGGAUGCUCAUACCGGCACUCAACUAUUCAAGGAUUGUCUAAUGGGUACUCUUAGAGACAAAACCAUACUUUAUGUUACACAUCAAGUUGAAUUUCUUCCAGUAGCAGACCUUAUCCUGGUGAUGCAGAAUGGAAAAAUUGAUCAGGCUGGAGCUUUUGAUGAGCUUCUAAGGCAAAACACAGGAUUUGAGGUGUUAGUUGGAGCUCAUAGUGACGCUCUUGAAUUAAUACUCAAUACAGAAGCCUCAAGCAAAUUGCCGCGUGAUGCAGAGAUAAAUUUACUACAGGCAUCAAGCAGUCAUAAUUCCAUUGAAGAGAAAAAAUCAAGUAGUUCAUUUCAAAUCAUUGAUAACCAAGAGUCUAAACAUGAUCUUUGUCAAGAUAUGGAUAAUAGAGGGAGGCUAAUAAAAGAUGAGGAGAGAGAGAAAGGAAGUGUUUCCAAAGAUGUUUAUUGGGCAUACCUGACUGCGGUGCAAGGAGGAGCCAUGGUUCCCAUAAUAGUCUUAGCACAUACAAUUUUCCAGAUAUUGCAAGUAGCAAGCAACUAUUGGAUGGCAUGGGCUUCCCCUUCAUCUGCAACCACAGAAUCUGCAGUGGGGCUCAAGUUUCUCUUUCUGGUGUAUGUGCUUCUUUCAGUUGGAUGUUCACUGUGUUCGUUGAUCCGAGCAACAAUACUUAUAAAAGUUGGCCUUUUGACAUCUCAAAAAUUUUUCCAAAAGAUGCUCCACUCUGUUCUCCGUGCUCCAAUGUCCUUCUUUGAUUCAACGCCUUCUGGGAGGAUCUUAAACAGGGUUAGUACUUAG